AGAACUUCUGAAGUGGAAUGGAUGGGGAUAUAAUGACUCCAAAUUCAUUUUCAAUAAGAAAGGUCAAGCAGAAUUCACAGGGAAAAGGUACAGAUUAGGUGGUAUGGUAUUACCAACUUUUAAGGAAUGGAUAGAAAAAACCUUUGGAGCAAGUCUGGAGCACAAAACUACCUCUAGAGCAUCCUUAAAUGUCAAUGACGUACCUCGAUCUAUUGUAAAUGAAGAAUUUCUUCAGGAUCUUAGAGCCACUAAAAUCUCAUAUUCGCAGGAUGCAGAAGAUAGAGUAUUCAGAGCUCAUGGUCACUGCCUACAUGAGAUAUUUGUACUCAGGGAAGGAAUGUUUAAGCGAAUUCCUGAUAUAGUUGUAUGGCCUGUUUGCCAUGAAGACGUAGUUAAAAUUGUGGAAUUAGCCUGCAAACAUAAUCUCUGCAUAAUACCAUUUGGUGGAGGGACAAGUGUCUCCAGUGCCCUUGAAUGUCCUGAAGAAGAAAAAAGAACAAUUGUCUCACUGGAUACUUCACAAAUGAAUCGGAUUCUCUGGAUAGAUGAGAAAAACUUAACAGCUUGUGUGGAAGCUGGCAUUGUUGGACAAGAUCUGGAAAAACAGCUUGCUGAAAGUGGCUUCUGUACAGGCCAUGAACCAGACUCCAUGGAGUUCAGCUCACUAGGAGGAUGGGUAGCAACACGAGCAUCAGGCAUGAAAAAAAACAUCUAUGGAAACAUUGAAGAUCUGGUGAUUCAUAUAAAAAUGGUAACUCCUAGAGGAAUUGUAGAAAAAAACUGCCAAGUACCUCGCAUGUCAACAGGACCUGAUAUUCAUCACUUCGUUAUGGGAUCCGAAGGUAUAAACACAGUAAUUUCAU